GGAAAGGAACAAUGGAUGGGACUGUUUUAUUCCAAACCACAGGCUUGUCUGCCCUGCCCUGGCUCAUCACUGGCUACCUCCCACUGCCAGGAGCUGGCUGACAUUUAGAAAGAAACACUUCAUUGGUCUGACACCUUGCCAAAGACCUUUGAGCAUAAGGCUUUUGCUACGUGAGAUGUAUUGUGCAAUUACGAGAGCCUGGCAACCCUUCACAGUUAAACACAGGGCAGAAACAGGAACCUCCCUUACACAGACAAUGCUGGGAGCCCAUGCAAGACCUCUGGUCCAUCUCCCCCAACUCCAGGCGAUGGGACUCAAGAGGAGUCAAGGUCCAGAGGAGGUCUGUAGACACAAGGGGAUGCUGCACGUGCCCCGGUACGGCAUGUGCCCCUGCCUCUGUGAUUCAGCCUUUUCACGGUGUGACUUCACAAAUGCUGCUGGCCCCACAGGACUGGCAGGAGAAGGUGAGCUCCAUCCCUCCCGGACACCAAAAGCCAAAGGAUGCAGUUUUGGAAAUCACCAGGCAGUGACGGUGCCAGGGGAGCGCUCAGCCAUGCCUGCAACCCGUGAACCAGCCACCCCUCGCAAACCAGCCCCUGGGUGUCUUCAUCAUGGGAUAAACUGGGAGAGGCCAGUGAGACGGGCGAUUAACUCUAGCUUAUGGGCAGCUCCACUGCUCAUCUGUUCAUGGUCCAUUGCCUUGGCUCAGCCCUUGGUUCAAGCAUUUGAAACUAGGAGCAGCAGAGCAAGAGCCAUCCUCCCAAGCUAUGACGAGCAGAGAUUAAGGCCAAGAGAGAGGCUGGAGGCUGCCAGGUCUCACCAGGGCUGUGCUGGAAACCAGCAGUGGAAAGACAUGCUGCAGUUGGCAACGCUGGACAGACUCAUAGGAUGAACCUUCUGGACUGUGAGAGCUAUUCUGUGGUGGGCCAAUACCCACCGAUGGGCUGGGCUGGGACUUUUGUGUUGUCUUUAUAUAAGCUGGCACAUCAACAGCCGAAAGCUGGGGCAACAAAUACAGUAACUCCCCUGUGAAAAUCCUAAACUAAAAGUCAUACAUGGUAUGUAUCUCUGUGAAUUGCUCUACUUCCAACAGUCCUUGAAAACAUCUGAACAGAAGACUGGGUACAUUAAAAAUUGUUGUUUGAUACCUUUGACAUCCUCUGAUGGCAAAGAGUCCAUGGUGACAGAGUACCUCUAUGUUCAAACCCUUCCCAUGCCAUUAGGUGGUAUUUAGUCUGGGAUCAAGCUCUGCUAGCUUUUGCUUGGGAAAACAAGAACUAUCGAAGGGAUUUCCAGGGCAUCCACAUAUGUUUCUACUGAGCAUAACUCUUUAACAGAUCAUGAUAGGACAAUCCUAGAGCUGCAUCUGGCAAGGAGUUUUCAAGAACAAUUUGGGGGAAAUUUCCUUCUCUUUUUCUUUCUCUUUUUCUUUCUUUCUUCUU